UGCUCGAAGCAGCCGAUGUUAUGAUAAGGCCAGUUGUUGGUCGGUUCUACCGUGAAAUGGACACAUGUGUUCUUUGCCGUUAAAGUGGAAAAUAACUUGAUUAGGAUUUAACUAAAGAACAAAGUCGGUCAAAACUAUGGCUACACGCCUUGUGGUCAUUCCUGGACCAGGUUUGACCGUUACUGAUCUGGAACCUCACACCCCAUAUGAAUCUCAGCGGAAGUUAGGAUGUUUGAAAUGCGGCGACAAAUGCCCGGGGUUGGAUGCCCAUUAUUGGAGAAAAAUCUGCAAGCAUUGUCGAUGUUCCCGAGAAGACCAUGACCUUCAACCUCCUGACGAAAAGGAUUCACAGCCAAUCAGUCUCUUGUUUGACUCACUGCCUCGCCACAGUGACCAAACGGAUGUGUUGCAACGUCUGGAACGCCUUAACCUUGAUGAUUCGGCGGCCUUGACCCAGAUAUGUGGUCCGGAUAAUGACGUUGUACUAGCGAGGAUUAUAUCAGAAAAUCUGAGAUCACAGAAAUAUAUCGCGAUGCUUCCAAAAGAUAAACAAAUGUUCGCUGCCCAACUCAGGAGAAGACAACUCCAAAAACAGCUUCCGCUUCACGACCUUCAUCACAAAUUCUGUAACAGCUUAUCAGAAACAGAAAUGCAGAAAUUCCAAAAGUUUACAAAUAAACGACGGUUGAAAUCAGCUGGUAUCGGACAGAUCCGUGAUUUACCGAAAUCUGGCAAGCAUAAAUGCCAUCGGUGUCUAAAGGCCGUCGAGAGUGGUGGAAUAGCUGUCGUUGCUGACCGCAUGGGGAUCGGCACGUGCUGGCAUCCAGGUUGUUUCACGUGCGCAACAUGCUCGGAACUUCUAGUCGAUAUGAUUUAUUUCCAUAAAAAUGACGAUAUUUACUGCGAACGCCAUUACGCCGAUUCCAUAUACCCCCGCUGUUCCUCCUGUGACGAAAUAAUUUUUGCGCGUGAGUACACCCAGGCCGAGAAACAGACGUGGCACGUGCAACAUUUUUGCUGUUGGUAUUGUGACGCGCCUCUAGCGGGCCAACGCUACAUCGCCAAGAACGACAACCCCUACUGUAUUCUCUGCUUCGACAAGCUGUACAGUAAGAUUUGUGUGACGUGCGGGAAAACCAUCACAGCCGACUCCCCUGGACUGUCCCAUGGAGAGUUUCACUGGCACGCAUGUCCACACUGCUUCAGUUGCCACGUAUGCGCACGCAAUCUUAUCAACCAGCAAUUUCUGUUGAAGGACGGAAAACUCUUUUGUUGUCUUGAUUGUAAGCAGACGUUUAUGAGUCGUCCAACCCAUGGGUUUCCACGACACAUGCAUCCUUAAUAUUACCGGAGAGUUUACAGAAUAAUCUUGUGGACACGAAUCCUUAAUAUUUUCUGAUAGGUCGCGUCACAAUAUCUUUUCAGGGCGUGGUGUGACUGAUGAAUCUACACUAUCUAAUGGUAGGGUAUACCAGUAGGCGCCAUCCGUGCUCAUUUAAAAUCUUUUUUUUUUUAAACAUGACUUUUUUUUUUUAUCUCCGAGAAGUAGUCUCUGUGGCGUUUUUAUCCUUAAAGGAAAUACACAUAUUGUCUCAAAUAUACGACAUUCGUAUUCUAACUUCAGUGUGGAAUUAUCUAACAUUAAAUAUCGAUCCCCAUUGCAACUCUUUCUAGUCGUAUGCUUUUACUUCGCAUUUUCAAAAACGACAUCCAUUACCAACCAUCGCAUUAGUAUUCAAAGCUCGCCACGACAUUAGUGUCUAAUGCUCGCCAUGACAUUGGUAUCUAAUGCUCGCCACGACAUUGGUAUCCAAAGCUCGCCACGACAUUAGUAUCUAAUGCUCGCCAUGACAUUAGUAUCUAAUGCUCGCCAUGACAUUAGUAUCUAAUGCUCGCCACGACAUUAGUAUCUAAUGCUCGCCACGACAUUAGUAUCUAAUGCUCGCCACGACAUUAGUAUCUAAUGCUCGCCACGACAUUGGUAUCUAAUGCUCGCCACGACAUUAGUAUCUAAUGCUCGCCAUGACAUUAGUAUCUAAUGCUCGCCACGACAUUAGUAUCUAAUGCUCGCCAUGACAUUGGUAUCUAAUGCUCGCCACGACAUUGGUAUCCAAAGCUCGCCACGACAUUAGUAUCUAAUGCUCGCCAUGACAUUAGUAUCUAAUGCUCGCCACGACAUUGAUAUAUUAUGAUCGCCAUGAUAUUAGUAUCUAAUGCUCGCCACGACAUUGGUAUCCAAAGCUCGCCACGACAUUAGUAUCUAAUGCUCGCCAUGACAUUAGUAUCCAAAGCUCGCCAUGACAUUAGUAUCUAAUGCUCGCCACGACAUUAGUAUCUAAUGCUCGCCACGACAUUAGUAUCUAAUGCUCGCCACGACAUUGGUAUCCAAAGCUCGCCACGACAUUAGUAUCUAAUGCUCGCCAUGACAUUGGUAUCCAAAGCUCGCCAUGACAUUAGUAUCUAAUGCUCGCCAUGACAUUAGUAUCUAAUGCUCGCCACGACAUUAGUAUCUAAUGCUCGCCACGACAUUGGUAUCCAAAGCUCGCCACGACAUUGAUAUAUUAUGAUCGCCACGGCAUUAGUAUCUAAUACUCGCCACGACAUUGAUAUAUUAUGAUCGCCACGGCAUUAGUAUCUAAUACUCGCCAUGACGUUGGUAUCCAAAGCUCGCCAUGACAUUAGUAUCUAAUGCUCGCCACGACAUUAGUAUCUAAUGCUCGCCACGACAUUAGUAUCUAAUGCUCGCCACGACAUUGGUAUCCAAAGCUCGCCACGACAUUGGUAUCUAAUGCUCGCCAUGACAUUAGUAUCUAAUGCUCGCCAUGACAUUGGUAUCUAAUGCUCGCCACGACAUUGGUAUCCAAGGCUCGCCACGACAUUAGUAUCUAAUGCUCGCCACGACAUUGGUAUCGAAAGCUCGCCACGACAUUAGUAUCUAAUGCUCGCCAUGACAUUGGUAUCCAAAGCUCGCCACGACAUUAGUGUCUAAUGCUCGCCACGACAUUAGUAUCUAAUGCUCGCCAUGACAUUGGUAUCCAAAGCUCGCCACGACAUUAGUAUCUAAAGCUCGCCACGACAUUAGUAUCUAAAGCUCGCCACGACAUUAGUAUCUAAUGCUCGCCAUGACAUUGGUAUCCAAAGCUCGCCACGACAUUAGUAUCUAAUGCUCGCCAUGACAUUGGUAUCCAAAGCUCGCCAUGACAUUGGUAUCCAAAGCUCGCCACGACAUUAGUAUCUAAUGCUCGCCAUGACAUUGGUAUCCAAAGCUCGCCACGACAUUAGUAUCUAAAGCUCGCCACGACAUUAGUAUCUAAUGCUCGCCAUGACAUUGGUAUCCAAAGCUCGCCACGACAUUAGUAUCUAAUGC